AUGGCUCCAGUGCCCCAGAAAAUACUAGAAUGGCUAUACAGGGUGCUGUCAACUAGCAAUUACAACAAUCAGGCCUACCAAGAUCCGACCAGGACAUACCAUGAUGUCGUGCAGCUUUUAACUCAAUACCCCAAUUUUUCGCCGAAGACUGAUGUGUACACCUACGAAAAUGGAGCUUCUGCGCUGUUACUUAACCUCUCCGGUACGGUUCCCGUUACAUUUCGUGGAGCAGUAUACCAGUUUCCAAUAACAAUAUGGGUACCGAAUACAUAUCCGAGAGAACCUCCGAUCGUAUAUGUUACCCCUACGUCAGACAUGCUUGUCCGGCCCGGCCAGCACGUCAGUGGGGAAGGACGGGUAUACCAUCAUUAUCUAGCGCAUUGGAUGGAGGCAAGAAAUAGAUCCACGGUUGUUGAUUUCCUCCAUGUACUACGAACUAUAUUUGCCAAAGAUCCCCCAGUAACGUCGAAGCACGCGGGGAUAGAAAGGCCCAUACCAGUUCGGGUUGAUGCUGUACCACCGGCUGUUCCUCCACUCCCUCCGCAGCUAGCGAGACAGGAAGCUCGACCAGAAUCAAGUCAGGCGCCAUCACAAAGCGUUCCACCAUUGCCGCCGAAACCAAUCGAGGCCGCUGGCCCGCAAGCUAGACAUAUAUCACCGGCCCAUGAGAAUGUGCCGCCACCUCUCCCUCCUCUCCCCGAUGGCUUUGGCGAAAGCAGGCGAAUUUCUGUACAACCGCCUGCCAGUAAUUUAUUAAAUGGUCAGAAUAUCACUCAUCCUGCACAUCAAGCGAACCCACACUCUCGCCCAAUUCCCAACCAGCUCCAACAAGGGUAUGAAAACUCGUAUCAGCCACAGGGCUACUCCGUCCCUGUGAGCCCUCUCACUCAAGCCCUACCUGGCCCUCCCACUAAGCCUCAGAAUCAUGGACGUCCUCCAUAUACCCAACCUGUCGCUGUCCAGCCACAAUGGCCUCCAUCUCAGCCCACGUUCACUGCGCAGCAUGGACAGCCUCUUCUACGUGGAUUGCCCAGCAAGAAGCCCCCCACACAAGACCUACUCACUUCACCCUUCGACCUGGAAUUGCCAUCUCAGAGCCAAGCAGCGGCACCACCGCCGAUUCCACCAAACCCAGAAAAAGAUUUUGUCAUGAACACACUCUCCCGCACCAUCACGCAAUCCUUGCACGACAACAUCAAUAAAACCAAGUCUGGACUGCAACCGCUCGACUCCCAAUCCCAAGCCCUGCACGCAGCAAUCGCGACGCUGAAAACUGAAAUCACCACAUUGAACGCCCUUCAUUCCUCCCUGCAAUCAAAUACAUCCAUUCUCCAACAAUCCCUACAGCGAGCGGAUUCUGUCAUCGCCGACGCCCGCGCUCGUAUUUCGUCACCGGCCGGCCCCUCAACGGAACCGCCAUCGUCCGCCAGUCUGCCUCCGCCAGGUUUUCCGGCGAUCGAUGAGAUUGUCGUUCCGCCCACGGUUGUGGGGAAGCAGAUAUAUGACCUCGUGGCGGAUGAACGCGGGAUUGAACGGGCGAUGUAUGCGCUACAGACGGGGUUGGUGAAAGGUCGGGUGGCUCUGGACACGUGGGCGAAGCUCACGAGGAGUCUUGCGAGAGAAGCAUUUUUGAAAAAGGCAUUGAUUAGGAAAGCAGGAGUUGGCAUGGGCUUAAGCGUUGACGAGACUUAA